AUGUUAAAACUGGUUCUUAGAAAUUUGUUCUGUUUAAACGCCGAAGCGGGCAAUUUGGUUAUAAAAUACUUUCAAGCGCAUUAUUUCAGCGCUGAAUCGGACAAUUCGGUUAUAAAAUACUUUCAAGCGCAUUAUUUCAGCGCCGAAGCGGACAAUUCGGUUAUAAAAUACUUUCAAACGCAUUAUUUCAGCGCCAAAGCGGACAAUUCGGUUAUAAAAUACUUUCAAGCGCAUCAUUUCAGCGCCGAAAGCGGGCAAAUUCGAAACGACAAACAUCCCACCGACGAAAUGAAGAAAAAAAACCGCGCGAAAAUCGGGCAUAGUUGCGGUCAGGAUAGCGCGUUGUGCGGAUGCCGUAGUGCAGGUAGCACCGGCGAAAGAGCGCGCUAA